AUGACGGGGACUGUGAAGCCUCCAAAUGGGCAUUUCUUCCUCGCGGGGAGACUCUUCUCGCGGGUGAAGUGGUGGAGAUCCCCAAACAUGCGAGCUCUGUACUUCUACAUCUUGGUGCUGAUUUUGACAAACACUGCAAAUGGGUUUGACAACUCAAUGAUGAACGGCCUUCAAACGCUGUCCUACUGGCAGGAGUAUUUCGACCACCCCCGAGGUCCAACAUUGGGCCUGUUCAAUUGUGUCAUGAGUGUGGGCGCGUUAGCCGGCUUGUUGGUUCUUCCUUACAUGCUGGACUACUGGGGGAGAAAGAUUUGCCUGGUGAUUGGGUCUCUCUUCAUGCUGCUGGGAGUUGGAUUGCAGUCCGGCGCUAUUAAUUUCUCCAUGUUUGUCGGUGCUCGAUUUAUCCUGGGAUUUGGGGACAUACUGGUCAUCUGUACAGCACCUCUUUUGAUCACUGAGAUUGCACCCGCCCAGGAUAGAGCAAUCCUGGUCACCAUAGCUGGUGCGACAUACCACUCUGGUGCGUUCAUUGCGGCAUGGACAACCUAUGGAACCCUGCGAAUCAAGAGUGAUUGGUCAUGGAGGGCACCGAGCUUGAUCCAGGCACUCUUCACCUUGAUCAUGCUGGCCGUAGUGUGGUGGAUCCCCGAGAGUCCACGCUAUCAUGUCUCUAGUGGCCAGCCAGAAAAGGCCCUGAAGACACUCGCAUACUACCAUGCCGAUGGGAAUGAGCAAGAUGAAGUCGUCCAAUUGGAGUACGCAGAAAUUACAACUGCCAUUGCUAUGGAGAAAAGCUCAGAGCAUUCCGGAUCUUAUAAGGACUUCUUACGGACGCCUGGCAACCGAAAGCGCCUUCUCAUCAUAAUCACCUUCGGUCUCUUUGCUCAAUGGUCGGGGAAUGGGUUGGUGUCGUAUUACCUGAACCUGAUCAUGGAUAGCAUUGGCAUCAAAGAUGCGAAUCAGCAGCUGUUGAUCAAUGGAGCGUUGACAUCCUUCAAUGUAGCUACCAAUCUAUUCUUCAGCUUUUUCGUUGACAAAUGGGGGAGAAGGCCAAUCAUGCUUUUCAGCUCAGCGGGGAUGAUGGUGGCCUUUGUGAUCUGGACAGCACUGUCGGCGAAAUAUGAUGCUCAUGCAAGCUCCGCCCUCGGAUCAGGAGUGCUGGGGAUGAUUUUCAUAUACUAUCUCUUCUACAACAUGAAGUCUGGGCUGAUUGCAAGUUACACGACGGAAAUUCUUCCGUACUCGUUGCGCGCCAAGGGAUACACCAUUAUGGAGUUUGCGAUGUACGUGGCACUCUUUUUCAAUCAAUACGUCAACCCAAUCGCGCUUGACAAAAUUCACUGGCGUUAUUACAUCUUCUACUGCUGCUUCCUAGCCGUGGAAGUCGCUGUGAUAUGGUACUUCUACCCGGAGACACGGUACUUGCCUCUGGAAGAAAUCACAAAGCUGUUCGAUGGAGAAGACAUCGUCGUGGCCACUAACAUCGAGCUGGGUAAGAUUGACGAAGAGGGCAAAGCGGUCACAACGGCGAUUCACAUCGAGGAGGCAAAGCCUUAA